AUGUCGUCGCCAAAGACCAAAUCGCCGACUGGGCCGUCAUCCCCGGCCUCUGGGCCCAAGUCAACGCCGUCUCCGCAGGCCGAACUCAUUCCCGCUGCUGACGACGACGCGGUGGGGACGUUCGAGAUGACGCCGACUCGACGCUUGAAACAGACGCUGACAGCUCAACUGCCUCUGUUUCCUCAAGCAUCCUCCACUACAGAAGUAUUCAAGGUCGCACGUUCCAUAGCGACAAAUGCUAUAUCCUCAAUCUUUCGCGCUCCGACUCAUCGAAGUUCAAGCCAUCAUUACCUGACGGUGCUGCUCGACGGUCAGUUAUAUCUAGCUCCCAUCGGAGAUGACGUCCAGGGAUCUGGGCAAUACUUCGCAGAUCAGUUCCCCCAAGCAGAAGUAACAGCAACUGAUCUCUCACCAACGCAGCCAAAAUGGGUCCCUCCGAAUGUGCGUUUCGAGAUCGAUGAUGCCACCGAAACAUGGACCUGGAAAGAUAACACUUUUGAUUUCGUUCAUAUGCGUUAUCUCUUUGGCGCCAUCCAGGAUUGGACUACUUUGUAUCAACAGGCCUACCGUGUUUGUACACCAGGAGGCUGGGUUGAGUCCGUUGAAGCCGACAUUCAUUUUCGCAGCGAUGAUGGCACAGCUGAGGAACAAGAGGUCUAUAAACUGUGCAACAAGCUUUAUGAAGAAGGUGGCAAAGCAAUUGGUCGAACAUUCUUUGUGCAUGACUUGCAGCCGAAGGGGAUGGAAGAGGCGGGGUUUGUGGACAUCAAAACGGUGGACUACAAGAUUCCAAUUGGGGAUUGGCCCAAGGACCCGAGACUUGCUGAGGUCGGUCGAUUUGUCAAGCUGACAUUGGAGAAUGACAUGGAAGGAUAUACUUUACUAUUGUGGAACAAUGUGCUACAAUGGCCAAAGGACGAGUAUCAAGUGUUCCUGAUGCAGAGUAGAAAGGCUCUGCGCAACCGCAAGAUUCAUGGUUAUUUUGUGGUACGGUUGUUUUGCGCAGCCGACUUAUCGGGCCGGAGAUUCUUAACAGGUCACUGCAUUAGCACAUUGCAAUAUUUCAAUAACAUCAACAAUAAAGCAAACCAACUAGUAUAUACACAUCUAGGCCAUAGGGAUCACAGCAUCUAUAUAUCAGUAAAUGUAUGUUGUUGGCACAUGCCUCCACCCUUCAUAUACGAAAGACACAGGGAAGACCUAGUAGCUAUGAGUUCAGGCGACAGGUCAUUAUAA